CACCACCAUCGAAAAACAUCUGGAUCGCGACAUUACCGCCGAUACUUGCGCCACACAUUCUUCGUUCUUUGGUCUACACACCAGUAUCUCAAGCCCCACAGCCUUUCUUGGCAUAGCAUCUUGUGUACUCGUCACGACGAACUGCCCUAAGCCCAUAACAAUCUCACCAUGGCCAAAAUGCUUGCUGAGCACUUCAACCGGGACGGCCAUGAGCUCUUUCUCACCGUCCAGGGUCCUGAAUCUGGAAGACCCGUUCUCUUUCUCCAUGGCGUAACAUGAGUGACUGGAGUUUCCAGCUUCCCCUCUUCUUGCAGACUUUCACAUGCUUCCGGGUUAUCACGAUGGAUAUGCGCAACCAUUGCGCGAGUCGCUAUCGUGGAAAGUCUAACGAGGACGGCAGUACCAAUGACACCAGCAAGGACGUGGCUAUCAAGACUCUCUCUGAAGAUGCCCCCGCCAAUCUGUCUCAUAUUGGCAUUGGUCAUAACAACAAAGCCAUCGUCAUUGGUCAUAGUGUUGGGGGUGUUGUGGCCGUCGAACUCGCACAUGCUCACCCAUCGCUCGUAGGUGGCCUGGUGCUCCUUGAUCCUGCCUACCUCGCACCAACGGAGGGUUUCAUCCAGCUCACCCAACAGCUACGAGACGACUACACCGUCGCUAUUGCCGCCUUCUUCGACGCUGUAUAUAGCCCGGACACUCCUGAGCACAUCAAAACCUGGCACAAGCUAAGGGCCUGGGGCGCCGAUCGUUCAUCAACUAUAGGAGCUGUCGAGGAGCUGGCUAAGUACAUCGGGCCCAGCGGUGUAGAAUGCGCCAAGCGAACCCGAACCAACGUGCCUAGACUUGUCGGGAAUUCUAUGCCACAAUUUUUGAAAGUUGAGCGGGAGGCUGGAGUAGAUGAUGUACGUGACAGCCUCGUGGCUCUCGAGGGCGGCCAUUGGAUGAUGAAGGUGCGCCCAGACGCCCUGAACACUCUGCUCGAGAACUGGCUAGAUGAGAACUCGUUCCUAAGCUAGUGAGCCAUUCAUGCGAGUGAGCUACCCUCUAUGCACGCGGUCGGCAAAGUAGAAUAUAAUUCAGCUGAAAUACACGACAUAAUGUAAAUGAAGAAGGAAGUAUGAUCAUAAUGGGCGUACAAGCUGCGGU